AUGGCUGUGCCCGCGGCAGCUCCGCUGCCCUGCCCGCUCCUCCUCGCUGUCUGCUGGGUGGUGGCCGCGGCGGCGGCGGCAGGAGCAAAAGUUCUUCCAUCUCCAUCCAACUUGAACUAUUCACUGACCCAUAUCUGUACUCUGACCUGGACAUGGAACCCCCCAGAGAACAUCAGCAGUAGCUGCAACCUGGAGUAUUCCAGUGACAUCGUCAUUAAUGGGGUUCCCGAGGACAGAAGAGAAUGGAGUAAGAGCCGAUUCCGUGUGACGGACGCGCACUUGAGUGAGGAAAUGCGCCUCAGAGUGAGAAGUGAGUGCAAGAACGACAACACCAGUGAGCCCAGCCCCUGGGUGGAGACCUCCCUCCUGCCAAAAGGUGUUCCAGGUACUGCUGCUGUUGACUUGGGCUGUGUGUGGCACAAUCUGGAGUACAUGGCUUGUACCUGGCAUCGUGGGGAGAACGCAAGCAGUGACACCAACUACACUUUGUUCUACUGGUUUGAUGGCUUGGAAAACCCUAAGAGCUGUAGCAACUCCUCUGUAGACCAAGGAAUCUUUGAAUGCAUUUUCAAUCUUACCUUCCCAAGAGACAGGAGAACUUAUCCUGAUAUAAGUAUUUUGAUUAGAGGCGAUUCUGAAGAAGUCAGGCCUCUAUGUGCAAGUAAAAAUCCUACCACCCUCGUAAAACCUGCCACACCAAGACAAUUGACAUUGUCAAAGACUAAUGAUGGAAUCGAUGUAAAGUGGAGUGAAUCAGAAACUUUUCCAAAAAGUUGUUUGCAGUAUGAAGUUAAGUAUAGCAAUGGUGAUUUGGACACUGGUCAGAUCAUUGCAUCCGAGAGGAGUUCUGUGUCAAUUGCUGGCAUUGAUGCUCACAGCAAGUACAGCUUCAGAGUGAGAGCAAAGCCAAAGCGGGAGUGCUACAACAGCCACCUCCAAAGUGACUGGAGCGAGGAAAGGAGCAUUGGUGAGAAGAGGGACUCUACAAUCUAUUUAGUUCUAAUAAUUACCAUUCCAUUAAUAGUUGCAGUAUCUACAAUUAUUCUACUGAUUUAUCUAAAAAGGCUGAAGAUAUUAAUUCUUCCACCAAUUCCGGACCCAAGGGAAAUUCUCAAGCGCAUGUUUGGAGAACAGAACGAGGAUUCCCAGAGCUCUGCAAAGGAUGACCCCAUGAAUGCUUUUGACAGGUUAAUUAUAGAAGAAGAAAUUCAUUCUUUAAUUUUAACAGAAACUUCAGAGAGCAGUAAUCCUGAAAAAGAAAACAGGUAG